AUGAAAACUUUUCUACGAAUUCCCUUGCGAAAGUUCUCGGUGAGUCACCAAGGCUGGUCUCCUACGUGUAAACCAGACUAUGGUCCAAUGGAUGUUCAGAGGUCUGUGCUGCUCAAUGGGAUGAGAGUGGCAGCAGCAAAGCCUCUUGGAGCACAGAUUGGUGCCUGCACUGUUAUGUACCAGGCUGGGUCCCGCUACGAGGAAGACGAGUUCCUCGGCGCGAGCCACUUCAUCCGCGCCGCCUCUUGCGCCUCAAGCUGCGCCUUCUCCGGAUACACGAAGAUGCGCUACAUGACUCAACAAGGAGCCUCGCUGACGUGCACCAGCGACAGGCAGUCCAUAGCCUACACGCUCAGGUGUCCCGUCACUACCUUCUCCGAAAUGAAGUGCUUUUUGUUGGAUACUGUUCUCAGGAAUUGCUUCAAAGAAUGGGAGAUGGAAGACUUAAAACCAUUGAUCAAAGAUGAUCUGCACCGCAUUCACCCACAACAACGUGUAAUAGACUUGGCCCAAACAGCAUGUUGGGGAGGCCCACUCGCCAAUUCUAUGUACUGUCAGGAAUGUAGGAUAGAGGGCAUAACUGGUGAACUUCUGAACAGCUACACUAGUUAUCAUUACAAGACUGAUCAUUGUACGGUGGCUAGCGUGGGUGUACCUUUUGAAGAAACAAUGAAGAUGGCAGAAGCGAUAGAGCCGAGACGAGAAAAACCACCAUCAAGGCCUCACGUACAGUCGCGUGCGCGGCGAGGGUUCGAGUACUACGAUAUGGGACCCUGCACCGACACCUGGAUAUGUGUCGUGGUACCCGGAUGCGGCACUUGUGAUUUACCGUCUCUCCUCAAGCAUUCAAUAAUCGCGCAUGCUUGCGGCACAGGGAACGUUCAAGACGGCAGCCACCACAUGGACCGCACGCCGCAGCAGCCACUAGGUCUCAUGUCAGGAGAAGACGUACACACUACCUAUAGAGCCUUCAACAUAUCUUACGCCGAUACUGGCGUUUUUGGUAUAGUAGCAAAAACUCGCUCAAAUACAGCGUGGAACGUCGCGAUUGCUGCCUCCGAGUUCCUCACGAACGUUGGAGAUCUCAACUUCAAGCAGAUUGACGUCGGCAAGAAGAGGCUAAAAGUAAGCUUAGCGAUCCACGAUGAUUACUGUACGAAGUUGACUGAGGGUCUAGCUCUUCAAUUAGCCAGCGGCUUUCAAAUAGACAGUGCCAAGACUUCCAUGAAUAUGAUCGAUCAGAUUACUAAUGAUGAAAUAUCCGGUACUGCGCAGAGUUUAUCGAGUAAAUAUCGAGACAUGGCUAUAGCAGUGGUAGGUGACGUCGGACGGGUACCCCACGACAAAGAACUUAUUUGUGGUUUCUGAAGAAACGUUUUCA